UUCUAUCAAACAACGAGUAUAGUAAAGGCAAACAAAAUGGAAAAAAGCAUUACAUUUUUGGAUUUGUAUUAAUAGAGAAAUGACAGUGUUUUGUGUUUUCCGAUAAAAUAAACAAACCAUAUGAAUAAUUUGUCUUUCAUAUUAAUUGACGAUGAUACAACCUUUGGUUUAUCUCGAAUAUGAAUCGGACGGACGAAAAAUGUCAAAUAUAAUGCAGGAAAUCACAUAUCUGGUUGGAAUAAGGAAGUUUAUGGUUUUGAUGGAUAUUAAGAGGAAGGUAUUCUUCCAGAAAUAGUACUAUGGUCACCAUGAAUUCUGAAAAGGCUGCCACAAAGCGCAAGCCAGAAUCUAAUAAUGAAAGCUGUACAAAGCUAAAUAAUGAUUCACUUAUUCAGUCCACAACAACUUCUGAUGAAUCCCCAAAUAAUAUUUUAUAUAAAAAGAUGGAGAAAAUUGUGGAAAAUAUGCAAGAUGAAACAAAUGGUGUUCCAGUACGUACCGUAAAGAGUUUCAUGUCCAAAAUUCCUUCAGUUUUUACUGGUUCCGAUCUAAUAAUGUGGAUGAUGAAAAAUUUGGAUAUGGAAGAUCAACAAGAAGCUUUACAUUUGGCUAAUCUGAUGUCAUCCCAUGGUUAUUUUUUCCCUAUUGAUGAUCAUAUGCUCACUAUAAAAAAUGAUAACACAUUUUAUAGAUUUCAAACACCUUAUUUUUGGCCUUCAAAUUGUUGGGAACCUGAAAAUACUGAUUAUGCUGUAUAUUUGUGUAAAAGGACAAUGCAAAAUAAAACCAGGUUGGAGUUAGCUGAUUAUGAAGCUGAAAAUUUAGCUCGAUUACAAAAGAUGUUUUCAAGGAAAUGGGAAUUCAUUUUUAUGCAAGCUGAAGCACAAAGUAAAGUCGACAAAAAGAGAGAUAAACUAGAACGGAAAGUUUUGGAUAGCCAGGAGAGAGCCUUUUGGGAUGUUCAUAGACCAAUGCCUGGAUGUGUAAAUACAACAGAAAUUGAUAUUAAAAAAGCAUGUCAAAUGCACAAACCUACUCAUGCUGCAAAAACUGUUACAAUAUCUUCAAAAUUGUUACCAUCUACCUCGGGUUUGCCAUCAAAAAAUAGCAAAGAACAGCUGAAAAAGCAACUCAAUUGGUUAAAAAGUAGACUCGAUAGAAGAAAUAUUAAAAUAUCGAAAGCAGCAGAAUCGUUUAUUGCAUUCUAUGAGCAAUAUUUAGAAUAUGACAGUUUCUUCGUAGCUCCAGAGUAUCCAAACCCAUGGAUAUCGGAUAACCCAGACUUGUGGGAACAAGAUAAAAUGGCUAAAGACAUAUCAGCCCGUAGAGUUAAACGUUGGGCAUUUAGUUUACAAGAACUCUUAUACGACCCUAUUGGAAGAGAGCACUUUAUAAGAUUUCUUGAUAAAGAGUUCAGUGGAGAAAAUUUAAGGUUUUGGGAGGCAGUUCAAGAAUUAAAAACAUUACCACAGGGCCAAGUACAAGAAAAGGCAAUAGAAAUUUGGAACGACUUCCUAGCACCUGAAGCCAGUUGUCCAAUAAACGUCGAUUCACAUUCAAAUGAAAUGACUAAGAAAAAUAUGGAAAUUCCAGAUAGAUGGGGAUUUGAUUGUGCAGCAAAUCACGUCUAUCAUCUUAUGAAGAGCGACAGCUAUUCAAGGUAUUUGCGCUCUGAAAUGUACAAAGAAUUUUUAAAUGGAUCGAAGAAAAAGGCUUCUGUUAAAGGUAUACGAUCAAUCGUUUCAUUCUCAGCACGCAAAGACAAUGUAAUUUAGUUGCAACAUGUAGGAAGGAGGAAGAUUUAUGUCGUAUUUGUGGCAGAUUUAAUAUAUUUCGACAAUACUUGAGAGCCACUCGCAAAAUUUGGUUGAAUUCAAAGAACUUAGUUGAUGUUUUCGUAAUCUACUUGCGAUACCUAGUGUUUGUGUAUAGAUAACGAAUAAAAAUCAUUAUAUACGUAUAUAUUAUACAGGUAUCUAUGAUAUGAUUACGCAGGUACACUGCGCGUCAGAGAAAACGCGCGACCCACAAAUGAUAUGAUUACGCAGGUACACUGCGCGUCAGAGAAAACGCGCGACCCACAACAUUGGUCAUUUUUGAUGUCUCGAAUUUCCUAAACCUGUUGUCCGAUUUAAGUGAUUUUUUAAUAUGUUAUGGCCUUAUUCUUUAACAAUAUCGCCGUAAUAAUAUUGUUGCUAAACAGGUAAAUUUUCAUUGUAUACCGAGUGGACCAAUCAAACUGUGUUUUUUCUCAAAGUAGCAACACUUUGUGGAAUAUUCUAGCAUUUAUAAAAUACUAAAAUUAAACCCAACUACAGCCUCAGGUUUUCUUAACAUUCUGUUGUUUGAUUCAUUUGCUUAUGUUGGAUAAUAAAAAAGUUAGGUACUUUAACAACUAGCCAUGUUCUUUAUCAGUACAGGGUGUUUCUAAAAAAGUGCGACAAACUUUAAGGGGUAAUUCUGCAUGAAAAAGUAAUGCCCGUUUGCUUUAUAAACAUAUCUCCGCAAUAGCUUCGUUUCCGAGAUUCAACUUGGACCGGUUCAGUCAAACUGGUAGCUGGUUCGGAAGCAAUUAAGUCAACGCAAGGUAGUAAAGCUCGCGCAACUGAAUCAAAACAUAACCAGAGUUUGGCAACUCUGCAAAAGGUCAUUUUAGCCUUACAUAGUCAAGAUAAGCAUAUUCCAUAUAGGAAUUCUAAACUUACAUAUUUAUUACAAUCCUCAUUGGGAGGCAACUCAAAAACUUAGAUGAUUGUUAAUCUGUCUCCUUUCGAGGAGACAUACAAUGAAAAUAUAAAUGCAUUAAGAUUUGCUAGUACAGUAAAACCUCGAUAGAACGGACCUCUAUUUAACGGACUUCGGAUACAACGGACAAAAAAUAAAGAUCAAAUGUAAAACAAAAAUUGAAAGCAAAAAAAUAUGAAAAAUCGAAUUCUAGAAGGAAAAACAACAAGGAGAGGAUCUCGGCACUGCUUUGUGCUAUCGCCGAUGGAUCGCAUGGAUUGACUACUAUAAUUGUUGGUAAAUCUCGUAUACCUAGUGUUGUCAAAUACAUCAAAAGGCAUCAUCUGCCCGUUUCAUAUUAUAGCUCUAAUAGGGCAUGGUUCACCAGAGAUAUUUUCAAAAAUUGGUUUUUAAAAGAUUUGUACCUGCAGUGAGAAAAUUUCAAGAGAAGAAACUGGUAAUACCGCCUAAAGAGGUGAAAUGUUUAUUGAUUUUAGUCAAAGCUCCUGCUAAUCCCCCUGAAAGUAUUCUAAAUUCAGAAGAUGGCAACUUUAAUUGUAUGUUUUGCCAAAAAAUACAUCGCUUAUUUAACCCAUGAAAGUGAAUAAUUUUGUCAACCAAAUGAGUAUAUUGCAGAAAGUUUUUAGAUGAAGUAGAAAAGUAAAAAAGUAGUGAACAAAACUUUAUUCCUUUUUAACUUUUUUUAAGAAUUGUACACUGUAUCCACACUGUAUUUAUAUAAAGUACCCUAAUAAUUAAAGAAAAAAUUUGAUUGAUUUUACACCUAUUUUUAUACAACGGACUUUCGGCUUUAACGGACAUCCCGUCCCCCCAAUCAGUCCGUUAUAUCGAGGUUUUACUGUACUGUACUGUCAAAGAGGUAAAGACAAAGAUAGUUUACGAACAAUAAAUACCUAUGUAAGUUUAGUAAGUUAAGAAAAUAUAGAUAAGCAAAAUUAUUGGCUAAAACUCGUAAAGUGAAUGUAAAUAUAAAAGGAAAUAUAUAAAAUGAUGAAGGAUCAUGAAAGCCAUCAAGAAGUCAUCAUCAUAUAUUUCCUUUUAGAUUCACAUUCACUUUACGAGUUUUAGCCAAUAAUUUUGCUUAGGUAUGUGUAUAUUUAUAUUUGUACUCGAUUAUUCAACAUCAUUUUAUAUAUUAUACACUAACUGGCACGAAAAAAGGUCACCCCACAAAAUAGGUCAUUUUUGAUGCCUCGAAUUUCCUAAACCUGUUAUCCGAUUUAAGUGAUUUUUGAAAUUAUACUUCUUUAGGAGCUUUGGGAGUAAAUUUAUAUAUGCGCGAAUUCAUCAAAAGUCUUGGUCCUGAGCGCAGCUCAAACGUUAUACGGGCUCUGAGUGGGUAAUUACUAUAAACUGUCAAUAAUUGUUCAAUAUGUCGCUUAUGAGUAAACAAAUGUUGUGUAUAUGUAUUAGUUUUUAUUGUUGUGAGGGCAGAGAAAAAAGCAAGUUUAUAAUUGAAUGGUGGGCUACAACAAUGUUGUAAGCGACAGAAUUGAGAUUAUGCAGGAGAUGAAAAAAACAUAUUGACAAGCUAUUUAUGAACAUACGGAUACCAACAUUGCGGUACGAAAAACUCGGGGAAGGCAAAAUGUUUUUAGCCAGAUUGAAAGAUGGAUAUACAAUAAUAUUGUAUUAAAACCUCACUUUGACCCAAUAUGUCGCUUACAACAUUGUUGUAGCCCACCAUUCAAUUAUUGUAGUGGUUUUUUAAAUAGUUUUUAAAAGCAACAGGUACGUACCAUAUUGUAAAUGUCUCAGUAUUGUAAUAAAAAAUUACAUACCUAUUUGGAAAAUGUACCUAGCUAGUAGGUAAUGCUUUGAUUUACAUAAUUUGAUUAACAACAAAAUUUCUACCAAUUUUCAUCUAAUAUAUUGCUUUUUUAGUCUAUAUUUUGUUGUAUUGUAAUAUUUUAAUUCCACAAGAAUCAAACUUAUUUGAUUAAACUAAGAGAAUAAGCAACUGCCAAAAAAGUUUAAAACGUUUAGUUGCUAAUAUCUUCCCACAGCAUUCACAUGUCUCGGUAGUUAAAUUGUGCGUGCGGUGAGUACAAAAUAUAUAACAACCUGAUAGACGCAGGUUCAAUCCCCAAUGCAAAUUUUUAUUUUUUUUUAUACAUUUUAUGACUAAGUAUGUUUAUUAUAUUUUUUUUUCAGAAAAUACGUAUUUAGUUAAAAUUUUUCUCAACAAUUAUUGUUCAGAAAUCAUUUCUUUGUUUCAUUUUUCAAUGCGUUUGCGUGUGUUUUAUUCUUUUAUUUUUUUAGUUUUGGGUAUUGUUUUAAUAAAAAUUUUUGGAGAGUAGUAAGUAUUAAAAUUAGUUUAAUAUUCAAAUAAAAUAUAAAUAAACUGUUUAAAGUAUAUAGAUUUCGUUGAAAUCGUAUAAUCGAAGUAUAACUUCUUACGUACGUACAAAGUAUACACACAUUCUGUUUUUAAUAUGUUAUAGCCUUAUUCGUUAGCAAUAUCGCUGUAAUAAUAUUGUUGCUAGACAGGUAAAUUGUCAUUUCAUACUGGGUGUACCAAUCAAACUAUGUUUUUUCUCAAAUUUCACCACACACUGUGGAAUAUUCUAGCAUUUACAAAUUACUGAAAUUAAGACCCAACUAUAGGCUCAGGUUUUCUUAACAUUCUGUUUUUGAUUCAUUCGCUUAUGUUGGACUUGGACUAUAAAAAAGUUAGGUACUUUAACAACUAGCCAUGUUCUUCAUCAGUACAGGGUGUUUCUAAAUAAACGCGACAAACUUUAAGCGGUAAUUCUGCAUAAAAAAUAGUGGCCGUUUACUUUAUAAACAUAUGGGACGUUGAAUUUUUUCUUACAGACUGACGAUUUAUUUAUUGCUCUAAAGCCGGUUGAGAUACGUAAAUGAAAUUUGGUAGGUUUUAAGAGAUAGUUAUUGCGCAUUUUUGGCAUGCAAUUAAGAAUUUUAUAUUCUCCAUUGGCGCGCAUACGGGUUAUUACCCAUAUACACGCCAAAUUUGAAUAUAAAAUUCUUAAUUGUAUGUCAAAAAUGCUCAAUAACUACCUCUUAGAACCUUCCAAAUUCCAUUUGCAUAUUUCAACCGGUUUUUUGAGCAAUAAAUAAAUCGUCAGUUUAUAAGAAAAAAUUCAACAUCCCGUAUCUCGGAAACGAAGCUUUUGCGGAGAUAUGUUUAUAAAGCAAACGGGCAUUACCUUUUCAUGCAGAAUUACCCCUUAAAGUUUGUCGCACUUAUUUAGAAACAUCCUGUAUGUACUGAUAAAGAACAUGGCUAGUUGUUAAAGUACCUAACUUUUCUAUUAUCCAACAUAAGCGAAUGAAUAAAAAACAGAAUGUUAAGAAAACCUGAGGUUAUAGUCGGGUUUAAUUUCAGUAUUUUAUAAAUACUAUAAUAUUCCACAAACUGUUGCGACUUUGAGAAAAAAACACAGUUUGAUUGGUCCACUCGGUAUACAAUGAAAAUUUACCUGUUCAGCAAUAAUAUUAUUACGGCGAUAUUGUUAAAGAAUAAGGCUAUAACAUAUUAAAUAAUCACUUAAAUCGGACAACAGGUUUAGGAAAUUCGAGACAUCAAAAAUGAACAAUGUUGUGGCCCGCCCGUUUUCUCUGACGCGCAGUGUGUAUAUGUAUAUAUACUUAUAUAUACAUAUGUGUGUAUGUGCAUGUAUGCGGUAAGGAUGUGUGCGCGAAUGUGUGUAUGUAUGUGACGCACUAGCAAAUUUAAACGAACGAAAUUACAUUUUAUGAAAUAUAUUUAUUAGUUUUGGCUGGAUUAAAAAUAUCUUGCAUAUUUGGUUGAUUUCUCAUGAUCCAUUAGUUUAUAUCGAAUUCUAUGUUACCAGACCGACAAGCCUGAGACCCAGGAAACAGAGUAUACUUUUCCGAACGUUCUUGGUUCGCUGAAUACGAAUUUGAGUUCAAAAUUACCUUGGUUUCUGAGAUAUCCUAACCUAAAAGUGUAAAAGUUGCAGUUUUUGCAUAUUUUUGACCUUAUGUAGACCUGUUAAGUUUUUCUAUCCUAAAAUGAUACGCACAACACCUUAAAGUAAGUCUUUCUCUUUCAAAUGCCGUUUAAUUUGCUACUCUUUUUAGUUGAGAUAUUGCAUUUUGAAGUUUUCAUUUUUGUGAAAUUUCUUUUACCUGAAAAUCCAGUGAGAUAACAGGCGUGAUACAAUCUAUGUGUUUUGAUAAAUACGAAAAUAUACAGGGUGUUUGGUAAAGAAUGGGCCAUAGUUUAACCUUAGAUUCCUGAGGUUAAAAUAGGUCGAUUUAAGCUAACUUACCUUAGUACAAAAGUUGGUAAUAACCGAAAUACAGGGUGUCAAAGUUAAACUUUUAUUUUAUUUAUUUUUGAAUAUUUCCUGACAGACAUUUGAGAACUACAUGAAAUUUGGUAAGUGGCGCUGGUACUGUAUACCCUACUCAAUUAUGUUAAACAAACGUUUCUGGCUACUACCAGAGACGUACGACGGGGGAACGUGAAUGGUUGACCCUUUCCAAAUUCUACGCCACUGGCGGAAUUGCCAGUUUAGUGCAAUUUUUUGAUUCUCCAAUACUUUCUAUGCAAAUAAUAUACUCUUCAUUCGUAACGAUAAAGCCAUUAGUUUGCGAGAUAUUUGAAGCCAAAAACGAAGGAGCAAAAUACAUUAAUCAAAAUAAGUGUGCGUUUCAUUUUUAACUUCAAAUAUCUCGAAAACUAAUGACUUUAUCGUUACGAAUGAAGAGUAUAUUAUUUGCAUAGAAAGUAUUGGAGAAUCUAAAAAUUAUACUAAAAUAGCAGUUUCAUCAGUGACGUAGAAUUUGGGAAGGGUCAACCAUUCACUUUCCCCUGUCGUACGCCUCUGGUAGUAGCCAGAAACGAUUAUUUAACAUAAUUUAGUAGGGUGUACAGUAUCUACACUUUCUGCCAAGUAUCAUAAGGAUAUGUCAAAUAGUUUUAUAGUACCAGGCACACAUAGUUCUUAAAGUUUUAAAUAAAGAAUAAAUUAUUAAAAAAAAAGAAUACUUUAAAUUAAUUUGACAUAUCCAUGUCAUACUUGACAGAAAGUGUAGGCGCUGUACAGUACACCCUACUAAAUUAUGUUAAAUAAUCGUUUCUGGCUACUACCAGAGGCGUACGACAGGGGAAAAAGUUUGGUUGACCCUUCUCAAAUUCUACGCCACUGAUGAAACUGCUAUUUUAGCAUAAUUUUUAGAUUUAACAGUACUUUCUAUGCAAAUAAUAUACUCUUCAUUCGUAAGGAUAAAGUUAUUAGUUUUCGAGAUAUUUGAAGUUAAAAAUGAAAAGGUGCAUUUAUUUUGAUUAAUGUAUUAUGCUCCUUCGUUUUUAUCUUCAAAUAUCUCGAAAACUAAUGGCUUUAUCGUUACGAAUAAAGAGUAUGUUAUUUACAUAGAAAGUAUUGGAGAAUCAAAAAUUUGCACUAAAAUAGCAAUUCCGCCAGUGGCAUAGAAUUUGGGAAGGGUCAACCAUUCACGUUCCCCCGUCGUACGCCUCUGGUAGCAGUCAGAAAAGUUUGUUUAACAUAAUUUAGUAGGGUAUACAAUACCAGCAGCACUUACCAAAUUUCGUGUUAUUGUCAAAUGCCUGUCAGGAAAUAUUCAAAAAUAAAUAAAAUAAAAGUUUAACUUUGACAACCUGUAUUUCGGUUAUUAUUAACUUUUGUACUAAGGUAAGUUAGCUUAAAUCUACCUAUUUAACCUCAGGAAUCUAAGGUUAACCUGUGGCCCAUUCUUUACCAAACACCCUGUAUAUAAAAAAUAAUAUAGUCUCAGACCACAGUCUAAGCAAACUAACCACCCACUUAACCCUAAAAACCAACCACUAUGACGUCAUAGGUUCCGAUCUUAACUAACUAAUGCUCUGAGCCGUAGGCGUCGUCUAGUAAUGCAGAUCCACUGGUUUUCUACAUUGGCGCCAGUCGCGUCAGAAUUGGACUUUGAUGGUCUGGCUCCAAGGGGAGCAUACUCUGCAAAGAAGAUAUCCGAGUAAACUCAACGUCUUUAAAAGAUUGGGACUUAUAAUUUAAGAUGAUUAUAACUAUUAAUUUCCAAAAACAGCCAAAAAUGGCUGCAUGCGAAUUGAUUUUUGCAAAUUUAGGUUAGGAUAUCUCAGAAACCUAAGACAGUGGAGAAGCAGACUGACACAAGAAAGGCCUGAAUGGAAGGACAUAGUCAGACAGGCAAAGACCCAUCCAGGGUUAUGGUGCCAAAAGAAGAAGAAUAUCUCCGAAACCAGCGGCAAUUCCACAAUUUUGAGCUCAUAUUCGCAUAAUCUUAUUAUGAUGGGUAAAAUCAAAGGACGCAGAGGAAUUAGUAGAAAACUUCUUCUUGGUUGAAGAAUAGCAUGGAGUGGUCAGGAAUAAAGAAAGCGGAGCAACUGUUUAGGAUAGCUCGAAACAGAGACAGUUUCGCCAUGUUAAUCGUAACCGUCAAGAACUUGAUAGGGCACGUUAAAAAGUAGAUUCGCAUUAAGCGCUCUAAAAACCUCACACGCAAAUUCUGAUCUCUGGGUCCGUAUAUUGGUCAAAUUUUGGCGGCCUGUGUUAUUAGGUUAUAGCUAGAUAUUAUUUUCUGUACAUUCAUUGCUUUUGAUAAGAAUAAUCUAUAAGUUUGGUUUGUUUUUUAUAAAUUUUGGGUGAUUUACCACCGAUUGAUAUUGUUAGGAACAUAGGUAUGAUAGAAAGUGGUUCAUCUUCAAUGAUAUUUAAAAAUCUUGUUGUAGUAUUUGAUUUUUGAAUGUAAAUAUAUUAUUUCUGUUUUUUUGUUAAUAAUUUUGAAAUGUCAUAAGGUUUACCAUAUAUUGGAAACUUCCUUUUGAGUAAGCCUUAAAAGAAUUUUAGAGAAAAAGAAAUGAAAAAAAAUUCAUUUUUUACCUGGUUCCUUUAAAUUUGCCUGAAUGUCAUGCAUAUACUUCAUAGUCUUUUAUAGGUAAACGGUUGAUUCUUUUAUUUUUCAAAUUAUAAUUAUGCAGAUCGGUGAAUAAUGCUAAAAUACUUUUGUUUAUACAUGAUGUUCAAAAACUGAUACAUUAAAGUUAGCAUUUUUCUUAUGGAACACUACUCCCACUAUUUGUGUUUUUAUAUGGAAUACUUUUCACUUUCAUAAACCUUUCCUACACCUAUAUCACAGCAUAAUAAACGAAACCAGCAAGGGCACACUACGAUGCCGCCUUAGAAGUUAAAAAGUACGGAGCCGACAUUGAUCGAGUAGUACAUCUCAGUUUUGAUGUGAUGUGUUCGUUCAUCAGUGUUGCCGAUGUCACUAUAUGAAAUUAUAUUAAGCCACUGUUAAAAUGAUCAGAUUUUGCCAAAAGUUAUGUUAAAAUUUUUGAUCUUGGUAGUUUCUAAGGGUAAUAAAAAUACAUUAAGAAAAAAGUUAUUUUAUUCAACUUAACUUGUUAAUUCAAAAAUAUUGUAACAAAAUUAUAUAUGUAUAAAACUACAUCUGGAACGCUUUCAAAUAAAUUUUCCUCAUCGUCAUCUUGUGAAAAUGAAGACUUUAUGUAAUUAAAAUAAUUUAGGGUGGUUCCAUUUCAAAUCACUCAAUUUUGGAGCAAGAAAAAAUUUAGAUCUUCGAUUUGUCUGAAAAUUGGUAUAUAGCUUCUGCGGGACGUAAAAAUAAGAUAUUUAAGGUCAAAAAAUCUUCUUUUUUUCUCAAAAUGUUAUUUUAUGCGAUUUUACAGUGAUUUGGUGUUUAUUUAAACAAAUUUGCAUUUUCUAUCGUAAGGUAUCAAUGGAAAACAUAAUAUUUUAAUAGAAGGGACUCAUAAUGCCAUAUAAUGAUAUUUUUGAGUCCCUUCUAUUAAAAUAUUAUGUUUUUUUGUAAUAAUAUUACAUAUUUGUAAUAAUGUUUUGUAUAAUAUUAUGUAAAAAACGGUAUUUUAACGUUUCUACACUAUAAAAUUUGGUCAAAUACUUGUUUUGAAUCAAAGUAACUUAUAAUGCCAUAUAAUGACAUUUUUAAGUUACUUUGAUUCAAAACAAGUUUUUGGCCAAAUUUUAUAGUGUAGAAAACGUUAAAAUACCGUUUUUACAUUUUUCUCCAUUCCCAAAAUACUUAAUAAUCGAUUUGGCUAAAAAUUUGCCCACAGAUAGCCAAAACAUAGGACUUUAAGUGGUGAGAAGGAUUUGAAUUAUAUUACAAUACCAAAAAAGUUACAUGCAAUAUCAUAGUCAAAAAUAUAGGCGUCUGCUGUAAGUAAAAUUAACACGAAAAUAUCGACCUCACGACAAAAAUUGUUAAAAAGAAAUUAUAAUAAUUGUAUAUACGAUUUAUUUUGAACAAUUUCAGUUUCUACCAUUUUUGUCGAAAAAUUAAAAAUGGCGGAGAUAUUGAGCAAAACAGGUUCUCCUUUAAAAUCAAGAUGGCGGUUAACGUAAUGGAGGAAUUCAUUCGUGAUUUUAAAUUUAGGCUACUAUUGACUCCCAUAAAGAUAAGAAAGACUCCCCUAAAGAUUAGAAAAAUAAAAUUUUGGGGCGCUCGGCAUGCAAGGUCAAAUGCUCUUCCGAUUGGACUAAUAUACUUUUGAGUCUGAUAUUACUGCAUGUAACUUUUUUGGUAUUGUAAUAUAAUUCAAAUCCUUAUCACCACUUAAAGUCCUAUGUUUUGGCUAUCUGUUGCCAAACAGAUGCAAAUGCAAAUUUUCAUAUAUGCAAAUUUUCAGCCAAAUCGAUGAUGAUGAAUUUUGGGAAUGGAGAAAAAUGUAAAAAACGGUAUUUUAACGUUUUCUACACUAUAAAAUUUGAUCAAAAUCUUGUUUAGAAUAAAAAUAAAUUAAAAUAUUAUGUUUUUCAUUGAUACUUUGCGACAGAAAAUGCAAAUUUGUUUAAAUAAACACCAAAUCACUGUAAAAUCGCAUAAAAUAACAUUUUGAGGAAAAAAGAAGAAGAAGAUUUUUUGACUUUAAAUAUCUUAUUUUUACGUCCCGCAGAAGCUAUAUACUAAUUUUCAGACAAAUCGGAGAUCCAAAAUUUUUUGCCGGAGUGAUUUGACAUGGAAUGUACCGUAACAUUUUUUGUCUGUUUGAAAGGAGUAAUAUUCUUUUACUCCUUCACUUUUGCUAACACUAAUUUAAUAAUUGCUCACAGAUCGCAUUUAAACGUCGACAGACAACGAUAUCUAAGAAAACAUGAUUUUUUUUUAUUUCUGCAUUGCUGCAGUAUCAGUUAUUGCACUAACUUCAUUACCCGUAAGAGACAAUCGCCAUUCAUCGUCAAUAUUUUGUGUUAUGUCCCAAUUAUUGACAUAAUUCUCACAGGCAUACGUAUAAAAUUAUGUUAAACAAUAUUUAUUAUCAGAAUGUCAUAAAAGUUAAGUAAAUCUGAUAAUUAUGUACAAAUCGGCAACACUGUCGAUUUUCUACACUGUCUGGUACUACGCGAAUAAUGGCCGACGAUCUGCGCAGUAAUAGUGCGCGAACUUUUCCCGCCUUCUAGUGUGUCACUGCUGUUGCGUUUUCUAUGCUGUGCCUAUAUCUUAUAAAUGGUUUGUCAGCAAUCAUACACUUUUGGCCAAGAAACGUAUAAGCGCUCAAUGCUCCAUAAGAAGAGAUAGAAGUACAGAGAGAGACAUAUUAAAUUAUAGCAAGUGUAUGAAAAGAAAAGUAGCUCACAUACCUGGUUGUACAGAUAAUUGAGAAUAGCAGCAAGAAGGAGGAAAUCCGAAAACGGAUAAAGUUUGCUAACAAAGCAUACUCCUUUCUCUCUGUCACAGGUGUUUGAAUCCAAAGACAUCCAUAGAGAAGUAAAGUUUAAAAUAUAUAAAACCAUCUUACGACCAAUAGCAACACAUGGCGUAGAAAUAUGGAUUAUGACUGAAAAGACAAUAAACCUUAUUAAUACUUUUAAAAGAAAGAUAUUAAGGAGGAUAUUAGGAACCAUUUGCUACAAUGGUAUAUGGAGAAUAAGGUUCAACCACAAGUUAUACGAAUAUUACAAAGAACCUUAUAUAGCAAAUUAUGCAAAAAUACAAAUAUUGCGCUGGGUAGGUCACUUAUAAGAAUGGAUAACGAACACCUAUUUAGUAGAACGCUUAGAACUAUGGUGGGACUUCGGCCAGUAAGAAGACCAAGAAAGAUGUGGAUAGCUGAAGUGAGACUGAUGCUAAAGAGAUACUUAGGGUGGACAUAGUAGAGAGAGUGCAUAGGUAAAAAGUAUAAGGCCUAUAAUACUUAGCUUAGAGGAUAGGUACUGAACAAGAAGACAGAAGAAAUAAGUUAUUAACGAAAAUGAUGAAAAAAUUGUAUAUGAAGGGCAGUAUCGAAAGCAGAUCUAAAUAUCACAUAAAACAAAAAGUCCUCUACAGAAGAGGUUUUCUCAAAACUCUUUAGUAUUAGAACUGUCGAGCAAGUAGGCACAGGUAUUCCUCUGAAUAUCUUACGAAAAUUUUACAUUUCAACCUCAGCAUUUCCUGGAAGAGUUCCUUAGACAAAUUCGUCACAAACGCCGAACGUCACAUAAUAUAAAAAAUACAGACUAUAACUAGAGAUUCUUCUUCUUCUUAGCCUUCUUCUAUCGUCCAUAAGCAUGUUUGGACAUAGGUAGGCCUCUCUAUACUCUUUCCAUCAUCUCCAUCCUGAGCAACAUAUUUUAAUUUAUUCCUGCUAUUCUUUUGAUAUCACCUACGCAUCUCAUGUGUGGUCUUCCUCUUGGUGGUUUACCUUUUGAAACUCCAUUUGAGUUUUUCAAUUUUUUUUGUUAUAUCCUCAACUUUUGUUUUUGAUCUUACUCUUUUUUUAUCUGACAGUCGUAUACCUAACAUUGCUCUUUCCAUUGCCCUUUCUUUUGUGGCUAGUUUAUUCAUAUUUGCUUUAGGGGCUAGAGAUAACUCCUCUCAAUAAACAAUAAAAAUGGGUUCCAGCUACCUCAAUCGUGGACUCAGUGGCGUACCGAUAGAUCAGCGGGCCAUGGUUCCAGUUGAGAUGCGGGCCCACCCGCUCAAUAAAAACUCACAUUGUAUUACACGAGUAUCGAGCAUCUAGCCUAUUGUAUUGGGAUUAUUUUAUGACCCACCGUAUAAAACUUGCAUUGAAUAUCUCAGUUUCCGAAUUUUUGCAACUUUGUAGUUUACUAACUACUUAUUCAUGGAUCAUGCUUAUAUAGUGUGCUUAUACACUUUACAAGUGUUUGAGUUUGCACGUGUAGGCAGGCACCGGCGGUUAGUCUUUAAACAAGGACUUCGGCAAGCAGGUAAAACGACCCAGGAACCUUACAAAAGCGUUCCCUGUGUUUCUUAAUAAAUUUUGAUUUCAAAUUUUUUGAUAAAUAGUUAAUCUUCGUUUUUAUUAAUAAGUACCUACACAAAAAUUAAAAUUUAUUAAACAGUUACAUUUCGUAGUGUGUACUUGUGUAGUUCAAAAUGUCCCCGUCAAAUUAGAAACAAAAGGAGCAAAAAGCGCAUUAGAGCGGGCACCUGCGGGGCCCAGGCCUUGGUUCCGCGGAACCAUGCUCAGUACACCACUGCGUGGACUAUGGAAACAGUGCUGCAUUCUGAAAUGGCUGAAAAUUUUCGGCUUCUAGUAAUGGCAAUAGCCUACUGCAAUCAAAUAUAUUUAAAUAUUUAUAUAAUACCUUCUUAUUUAAAUGCCUUGUUCGUUCCGAACAUUGGCAAUUAACAUUGCUAUUUUGACUUUGUUUAGGGUAGAUCUGAAUAAUUCGGCCGAUGACAAUCCGAACUAUUGCCGCAAGUUUGGCAGCCACGAACGUCUCCUCCUGCCUGGACCCCUUCUGCUGUCUAUUUCCCCUCUAUAGUACCUUGCUGCACUAGAAGAGAAGAUAAUGUUUAUAAAAUUUGUUUAGUUGGGUUUACAAGUACGGGUUGAUCAAUUGAAUGUAUUAAGAACACGACAGGAUGUUUUAGCUAAAAAUGUAGAAUCUUAAAACAGUAAGCCUGUCGAUGUUACAACGUAGACGGAGUUCGAUAAGAAUGUGAUCUAUACACGAACUUUACAGUGGCAUACUUUUUAGAAGCACUAUACACUUACUAAAAUUUGUUUAUUGUUUUUCAACAAGCCCAUUCAUCUUCGGUAUAUGUUCAUUUGGAUUCAAAUGUAUAUCAAGGAAUCAAGCGUGUCGGUAUAGUAUGUAUACAGCACAACUGAUACAAAAUUUGCUUCGAUUAGGAUCAUCAAUGGAAGCUACAACACCUAGAUCUAGUAAGUUUAUGCAUUCCUACUCCAUUAUUUAAAAAGGACAGUGCAUUGGCAAUUUAUAACAAACUGCAUUUGGCAUUGUUAAUCAGUAUAACAGAGAUUCCAAGAACAGUACCUUCAAAAGCAGUAUAUGCCCAACAUCUGAUAAUAUCUAUUAAUUCAUUCAUAGCAUAUAUCGGUUUUAUAAAAAUACACGUUUUUUUGUAAAUGAAUAAGAAAGAUCUCAAAAAUAAGUAAAACAACCAUAGUUUAAGGGGUUAACAAAAGAACAGCCCUAUACAGGGUGUCCCGGAAAAUAGUGCGUUCCUUUAAGGUACGGCUAGAAUACACAAUUUAGAACAAAAAAGUCCUAUAACAUUUUUUUCUAAAAUUAACCGUUUCCAAAAAAAAAAUUACAUUGUUUUUCAUAUACUUGUAUGUUAAUGUUCGGCAAAUUAAAUCACCUGAAAAUAUCGUACACACUACGGAAUAAGGAACUAGUUUGUGAUUUACAGUACAUAUUUAAAAUAAUCCAACCUAUGAUAGUACUUAUGUAUUUACUAUUUGUUUACUAUAAUUAUUUUUCUUGAAAUGUAUUUCAACAUAAAAACACAUCUUUUAACCGAACUAGUAUUAUUUGUAUUUAGUAAGCUUUAAAUGGUUGAAUGCUGAGGGCUUUAACUGAAUUACAUAGUUUACAGUGGAAAUGAAAUACACCACAUUACGUUUAAUAAUUCUAAUUUAUUUUUUACACUAUGCUCGGACUAUCAGUAAGUAAUUUGUUUACAUGUGAACUAAAAUUAAGUUGUACUUACUUGAAAAUAGUUAUUAUAAUAAAUGUUCAAAGUAACAAACUUUCACGAACACAUGCAUUCACUGUGUAUUUAGUGAUCUGCCAUAAAUAAUCAACAUAAUAAGAUAGUACUCAUGAAUUCACGAUUCGAAAAUAUUUUCGGCAUUGACACUAACAGGAUUCUAACACAUUCUUCCAAACUAUCUGUUUACUAAACAUGGGACUGUCUACGUUUAGAUUUUCGUACUUCACAUAGUUGCCAGGUUUUAAUUUGCAUACCAAAAUGUAUUUUAAUGUUUUUACUUCUAGUAAAGUUUUUUGUUCUACAUGGUGCCUUUUACCUAUACCUUUAAGGAACGCACUAUUUUCCGUGACACCCUAUAUAAUAACAAUGUUUAAUAUAAGAAAAAAAUACUAAAAUAUUUUAACAAGAUUCACCGUAUACAUAUUCUCAUUUGGAAAAGAUUAAAUAAAAUAUGCCGAUUACUUAAAUAAGAUCACGAGGUUCUUGGUGAUUCACAUUAUAUAUACAUAGCCUGUGGUGUGUAUGGUCAUAGUGAUCCAGUAUUUGUUAUAUAUGCUACUUGUUAUAUAUGUUCUUGUUAUAUAUGCUACUAUUAAUUAUGUAAAUAUUAAUAAAGUCCGUAAAUGAAAA